UUUUUGUAGUUUUGUUACAUAUAUGCAAAGGGUUAGUUAAAAAUUGACUUUGAUUUUUGAUUCAUGAUGAAAUCCAGAUUGUUGCGUGAAUAUGGAUGUGAAUGACCAUGAUAUUUUCUGUUGCUUGCUUAAAUUGCCUUCCCUUUAUAAUAGUGCAAACAUAAAGAGUAAUUGAACAUGUGAUUAACCAAAAGUCAUUGUUCUAUUUAUGUGAUAUUUAUAUUUAGCUUUAACCAUUUUAGAAUUAUUUUUGAGACAUGAUUUGUGCUCGCACUGCAUGCUAGUCUUGUCAAUACCUCACUUGAUUCCACUUCCUGUUUCUCCAGGGAGCAAGGCAAUUGUAUAUGAACCACUUGCGCCCUUUCCUCCGAAGACAUCAAUCCAGGCUCGAUCAAAUUGUGGGUUUCUUGUACGAUGAAAUGGUUAAAUUUGUGAGUAAUCAUCAAGGGGAAAUCCAGUUUGCAAGGAAAUUUUUUAUGAAGAUUUUAGCAUCAGCUAAUUACAUGGUUCAAGAAAUCGUUCACCCUGGACGAAGACAAACAAGUGGUGCUGCUAUUGAAGGUCCACCCCAGCACGGAGAGACUUCGGAAUCUGGGGAAUCGGAAGAUGAAGAAUGACUCACUGGUCCACCCCAUUCUCCCGUAUUUAUGACUACGAUAUGCGAAUGAUAUAUUGAUUAGAGUAGAAAUAGCAUAUUUCAUAGACAAUGCAAUCUGUUACAUCUCAUAGUUUACGAAUCGGUUGCUUUUUGUUGCUACUUGAAAUA